AGAUCUCUCUUUGGUAUCAGAGUCUAUCAAGUGGAAUGACACAAUUUUCAUUGAUAGAUCCUACAUUCGUUUAUUGAAUAAGAGGAGGCACAAGCUUUUGGAACCUUCUUUAUUGUCCCUUGACAAAUAUGGACCGGUACAAGAUAAUAAAAGAAGUUGGUGAUGGAACAUUUGGGAGUGUCUGGCGGGCUAUAAAUAAGCAGUCUGGUGAAGUUGUUGCAAUCAAAAAGAUGAAGAGAAAAUACUAUUCUUGGGAUGAGUGCAUAAAUCUUAGGGAAGUAAAGUCACUGCGGAAGAUGAACCAUCCCAAUAUUGUGAAGCUCAAGGAAGUCAUUCGAGAAAACGACAUCUUGUACUUCGUAUUUGAAUUCAUGGAAUGCAACCUAUAUCAACUAAUGAAAGAUAGGGGAAAGCUAUUCUCAGAAGCUGAAGUCCGCAACUGGUGUUUUCAAGUGUUUCAAGCUCUUGCUUAUAUGCACCAGCGUGGAUAUUUUCAUCGUGACCUGAAACCUGAGAACUUGCUGGUUACAAAAGACAUCAUCAAGGUUGCCGAUUUUGGUCUUGCUCGAGAAAUCUGUUCUCAGCCACCAUAUACAGAAUAUGUCUCUACUCGUUGGUACCGAGCCCCUGAAGUUCUGUUGCAGUCAUCAAUAUAUGAUUCCGCAGUUGAUAUGUGGGCGAUGGGUGCUAUUAUGGCUGAAUUAUUUACUCUCCGUCCUCUUUUUCCUGGCUCAAGUGAAGCAGACGAGAUUUACAAAAUAUGCAGUGUGAUUGGCAGCCCUGAUCAGAAUUCAUGGACACAGGGACUUCAACUUGCAAAUGCUAUUAAAUAUCAAUUUCCCCAGUUUGCCAGUGUUCAUCUCUCUGUUCUCAUACCAUCGGCUAGUGAGGAUGCAAUCGACCUCAUAACAUCGCUUUGUUCAUGGGAUCCCAGGAGGAGACCGACAGCAGCAGAGGCCCUUCAACAUCCUUUUUUUCAGAGUUGCUUUUAUGUUCCUCCAUCCCUUCGCACAAGAGCUGGAGCCUCUAGGACGUCACCAUCUGGAAUAAGGGGUGCUCUCGAGCAAAAGAGUGCUAAGAGAUAUUCUGGAACAUUAUCGGGUACAAAGUCUGCAAGCAAUUUCUCAUCUGCUAAAGUACAUCCUUCUUUAGCAACAGCAGGUCCUCAAAGGAAGCUGGAAAUGGAUAACCUGGAAUCCAAUAAGAGCAUCAAAUCUAUCAAAAGCUGUGCCAAACAACCAAGAUAUCGGCCACCAGCUUGGAACAGCCCAUCAUCCAUUGAUACAGGUCGGAUAGCUCGUGGGGUGUCUGAUACAACUGAGAAGCUGGCACAGAUUACGUUGAGCUCUGGCAGGCUGCCUGCGAGGCAGCAACCACCACCUCCUAUGAAGGCUGGAGGAUGGUCUGGUCACUCUGGCCUGCUCGUUGGGCGAUCAAAUGAGAUUCCAUCUGGGAGAAGUUUCUCCAGGAAGGUUGUGGGAUGAGGGAACUCACACUCAUACGUUAUUUUAGAACCAUUUUAC